AUGGCUCCCACCACGGCGAUUGCGACCAUGUCGCGAUGCACCAUGUAUGAUGAGGAAAAGCUGGCGAUCGUCGAAGUUGGUGGCCAGCAGGUGCAGGUGGAAAUCGAUCCAGAAGAAGGUCCAAAGCUUUUGAAGUUGGAUGGAACGCCUGGUGGCCCCAAUGACGUGCAAAGGCUUCCCUACUGUCCGCGUGGUGAACGUCCUCGUUCCAACAACGGAAGUUGGAAGCCAUGGAAGUAUUACACGGCCACGGAGCGGGAAGUGGCAGUUCUGAUUGCUGCGAAGCGAAACAAAGCCGCUUUGGAGCUGCAAGCGGCUGGAGUGAAGCUUCCUGGCUGGGACUUCAAGCAAGGGGCUUUCAGCUAA